AUGUUGUGUUCAGACCAAAAUUUGCAUGGUCGAGACCUCGCUUCAGUAACAUCCCCUCUGAGACUCGUGGGUGAGGGUGGGAGGCGCCUUGUUUUUCGCAGGAACAAGGAGCUGAUCUUAAUCUCCAAGGUCUCUGCAGCCUCCGACGAAAGCUUCGAACAGACCAUAGGCGGCCUCUUUCCGCUCUUUCCUUGGAAGCCGAGUCGCAUAACUGAAAGUUUAUCUCAAGAACUUAACGCAUUUCCUCUGCAAGUCCGUGCAAAAAGAUAUGCUGGAACGGCAUUUCCCAGACCAAGCCCUGGGGAGACAUGCCUGAGCUACACCGGAGUGCAUGAUCUGCUUACUGUGGUAUGCAUUAAGCCACACUUUCCCAGCAAAGGAGGUUGGAUCGAAAGUUUUUCAUUACAAAGGAAAACAGAUGCCGGACAGCACUUCUGUGAUUGCUUGGCUCGUGGUGCAUUUUACAAAGCGUGUGCUAGCAAGGAUAGACUUGUCCACUGGCUCAACACGGCGUAUAUCUGCGGUCUCAACCACGGUAGCAACCACCUAACCGUUUACGACUUUGCAUCUGAUGCUUCUGCGCUCUCCUCCAGUGAGACCGAUAAACUAUUUGGCGCAGUAGCUUGUGCAUUAACAGGAGGAAACAAUAGUGUUUGCAUUCAAAUCUACAAGUUGAUACAUAUGUUAGAGGCUCUUCAGCGCGUCUCUUCUUCAACGCACUUACAAAAUGUGGUAUCGGCAAAAGAAUAUGCACACUUUUCCAGCAAUUAUAGAACUCUAAGCCAUAGAGCUAUCGAGAUUGCUAUACAGCUCUACGCCGGUGGAAAGCUUCCACCUUAUGACAAUCUCCCAUACGUGGACAAGCUCGUCUGCAUCCUUCUUUUUAAAACUCUUUCCGAUGCAUCGCUGCUCUUCUACCUCUCUAAAUCUGACGAGAAGGUUCAAUGGUAUCUAACGGACCUUGCAUUGAAGUCUGCCGAAAGAGUUGGAAAAUGGGCAUUCGCAUCAGCAGCAAACGAUAAGCACAGGGAGCAGUAG